AUGUCUCCGUCGGGUCUUUCUUCUGGCAAUCCUACGCCGUUGAAGCCGCUGUAUGGGCAUGAAGAGGAAAGUUUUACCGGUUACCAACAUAGGGGGCUAUUUGAAGACCACGAGAACAUCAAAGUGGCCUUAAAUGAGGAUGCUAUCCUCAAAGCACGCAUCCGCCGUCUUCGUGUAAUCUCUCGUGUCCUUGCCUUCCUCAUCUCUGUCGGCGUCCUAAUUCCCAUUACCAUGACGCUUGCAAAGUACCUCGGUACCAAAGAUACGUUCCGCACUAUCGUACAAGAUGGUCAGACAAUCGAGCGCACUGCAUGGGCGAAAAACACGCGCGCGUGGCCAACCUGGAUGUACUUCGCGAUCGCUGCUCUGUCAGCCCUUCUCAACUUUGGCACCGUCUUCUCGUACAGAUUCGGCGUCGAAACAGCAAAUGCUGCGAACUAUGUGACGUCCGCUUUUAGUUGGAUCGUCAUACUGGGCAACUUUGUGGUAUGGAGUGUGGCGGCGGGAAUGUACAGAGGUGAAAAGGAUAAAGACGGCAAGAGUAAUGAUUUGUGGGGCUGGACGUGCAGUGCGGGCGCGAGAGCUAUACAGAAGGAGUUCGCGGGCGACGUGAACUUUGAUCGGUUCUGUAACGUGCAGAGCGUCAGUUGGUAUAUCGGCUUAGUACAGGCCGGUGCUGCGCUGUUGACUGUGGUGAUUUACAUUUUGGUUCUCAUGCGCAGGAGGUCGAAGAAGAAUCUCGACCAGCAAUUGCGAGUGAGUGGAUUCGAGCCAGGGAGACACGGAUGA